UACCCAUUGUAUUUCGUCUGUUUUCUCCCUCGGUCAGUUUUGUGUUCGUAAUGUCUAUGUAUCAGUCAUAUUUAUCAAAAUUUGGCAAUGAAUUCAUUUUGGCUUCACCAUCAGAAUUUUAUACUCAAACAGAUUGUUCUGUUUAUAUUAUUAUGGAUGUUUUCACGUAUUGGUGACUAUGUGUUUUAUCAUGAUAAAGUUCAGAAGAUAGCUAUACUGUUAGCCGUAGUUGACAAUUUAACUCACAUAUGUUUAGGAGCUAUUAGUUGGCUUAUUGUGAUCAGUUUUGAAAAUUUCACUUCUGAGAAGAUUACAUAUAUUUUAAUGUGUGCUUUUUGCGCUGGAGCAAUAGACAUCGAUCAUUUCCUUGCAGCAAAAUCUUUUAGCUUGUCAGCAGCUGUAAGUUUACCAUGCCGGCCACCAUUCCAUAAUAGUACCCUAAUGAUAUUGGGAAUAGCAUCAUACAUCUCUGCAAUGCGAUACAAGAACUGUGCUAGUCAAGAAUACAUUGGGUGGAUUAUUCUUGUGGCCAUUGUUUCCCAUCAUUUGCGUGACUCCUUGCAUCGUGGCUUGUGGUUGUGGCCGUGGAAUACAAAGAUUUGGGAUGCCACUGUAACGAUCAUAUGGUGUCAUUAACUACUAUGUAAAGGGACCCAGGAUAAAAUCCCAAGAAUCAUCUCAAGGGUAUAUGAAGCUCAUGCAGUGCUGCAUUUCUCAUUUGUACUAACAGAUGGUGACACAAGCAAGCAACUACAUACUGAGCAGCACCAAGCAAGCUUACGACACCAUGUCAUUGCUGCAUUGUGAAACAUUCAGUUCAAUGCAGAAGUUCAUCACCUAUGAAUAUUGCAAAAUUGCAGAUCAUUCAUUGGAAAGGAAUGGUUUUCUUUGCCUAUGGAUCGCUCAAAAUGCAUGUUUCUACUGUCUUUUUAUCUCUGAAGUUCUACACUUCAGAUGUAGAUUUACCAUAUAUCCCAGUUUGGGGGGGGGGAGGCUGCUCAUUAUGUAUCAGAUUUAAAACUGAGUAAGAUCAGUAUUUGAUUUAAUGACAACUUCCUUCAAUUUCUUGAUAAUCAUUAAAUUGAGAUUUGACCGUCUGUAUGUAUUAUAUCACAGAUCAGUGUAAUAUAACUAAUUCAUCAAUAUUUCUCUACAUAGUUAUUUAUGAAUUACAUUUAUUUAUUACAUUAAUGAAAAUUUUUUGAAUUUCUGUAAGUCCCAAAAUUAUAUGCCACAUAUGAUGUUGGUGCAAUUGAUUAACCUUAUGGUUAUUCACAUUAUGAAAAAAUAAGUUCUACUUCGAUUUCACAUCUCUGGAACAAAUAGGCUAGUCUUGUAAGCUAGACAAUUUACUAUUAGUGUCACAUAAGUUAUGUAGAACAGAAAAAAAAAACAGUAUAUUUUAUAUUUACUCCCCACCUUUGACACUUAUGAAAAACUGGAAUUCUUCAAUGCCCUUACUGAAACGAAAAAUAUAAUGAUGUACAAUUUUAUGUUGAAUUACCAAAUUUCUUUUAAAUUUUUUAAAAGCUGAACUAUUUAUUUUACAUUUUACUGAGUUUCUAAAAGAAAUUAAAUUAUCUAUAAAAGUAAGUUUUUAAAAACAUUCUUUCUUUUAAAUAAUAGAAAGAAUUGGGAUUUGGUUUUAUGCAUAAAUACAGAUAUUUAUUUCAUUUGCUGUAAAUUGAUUUUUACAUUAAAAGCACUCAACAUACUGACCAAAUUUCAGCUACAAGAUCUUUGUAAAUAAAAUAUUUAUAUUUUUAUGAUUUAGAUGUUUAAAAUAUUU